GACCCGGCGUGGUCUCAUGGUUGCGUGCGUGCUCUUGGAGACCACUGGUCAUCAUCCCUCGCCUCCCCGCGCCACGAAGAGACCAACCGGCGUGACGACUCGCUGACGCCACACCCUCCCUCCCCCUUUCCCCUCUCCCCUCUCCCCGGUUUGAGAGAGAGAGAGAGAGAGAGAGAGAGGGCACAUCCAGUCACCCUCCCCUCCCUCCACGAGCCACGAGACCCGUCCUGCGGCACGGGCAGCUUCAGCUUCAGUCCAAGUGACCAUUUCAUUUGGGGGGGCAUUUAGCGUGAGAGAGGGCAAAAGAAUGGAGGUUCCGCGCGUGGGACACAGCGUGAGCAGCCCCACCAGCCCCUGCGAGGACAUGAUGAAGAACCUCAGCCUGGACGCGAUCCAGCUUUGUGAUCGAGAAGGAAAUAAGUCACAGGACAGUGGCAUUGCCGAGAUGGAGGAGCUCCCAGUUCCGCAGCACAUCAAAAUCAGCAACAUCACCUGCGACUCCUUCAAAAUUUGCUGGGACAUGGACUCCAGGGCCAAGGAGCGCAUUACGCACUAUUUCAUCGACCUCAACAAGAAAGAGAACAAGAACGCCAACAAGUUCAAACACAAGGACGUGCCCACUAAGCUGGUAGCGAAGGCCGUGCCUCUGCCCAUGACGGUGAGGGGACACUGGUUCCUGAGCCCCCGCACUGAAUACACUGUGGCAGUGCAGACUGCGUCCAAACAGGGGGACGGAGACUACGCCGUCUCCGACUGGAGCGAGAUAGUGGAGUUCUGCACAGCUGAUUACUCCACGGUCCAUCUCACGCAGCUGCUGGAGAAAGCCGAGGCCAUCGCUGGCCGAAUGCUCUGCUUCUCUGUGUUCUACCGAAACCAGCACAAAGAGUACUUUGACCAUGCAAGGGAGGCCCAAAACAACAAGAUGCUGCCAUCGGUGAAGGACAACAGCGGGAGCCAUGGCUCGCCUAUCAGUGGGAAGCUAGAGGGCAUCUUCUUCAGCUGCAACACCGAGUUCAACACAGGCAAGCCACCGCAGGACUCUCCGUACGGCCGCUACCGCUUCCAGGUGCCUGCCGAGGUGCUCUUCAACCCUGGCACCAACCUGUACUUCGCCGACUUCUACUGCAUGUACACAGCCUACCACUACGUCAUCCUGGUGCUCGCGCCACGUGGCUCCCCGGGAGACGACUUCUGCAAGCAAAGGCUCCCCCUGCUGGACAUAGCUGACAACCGAUUCCUGACAUGCGUGCAGGACGAGGAUGGGCGCCUGACCUUCCGCCAUGCUCAAGACCUCAUCCUGGAGGUCAUCUACACGGACCCAGUGGACCUGAGCCUGGGCACGGUGGCAGAGAUUAGUGGUCACCAGCUAAUGAGCCUGUCCACAGUCAAUGCCAAGAAGGACCCCAGCUGCAAAACCUGCAACAUCAGCGUGGGCCGCUAGCCAACCCACUUGAUCUUCGACCCCUGGACGUCUCAUUCAACAUUGUCUUUCCUCAUCCCACCCCUUUUCCCCUGAGGUCUCUUCUCCAAACCAUCCAUAAUCUCCCUUUUGGGGCCUGAAGUUUCCUCCACGGCAGUUGUUCCCAAACCUGGUCCUGGAAGGUCCCUGCCCUGCACAUUUGGGUGUAUUUCCCGCUCAACCAUACGUAAAUUCCAAUGGGAAUGGGGGACACUUCAAAAUCCAAUUCCAAAAUGUUUGUCCUGUUCCAUUUUCCAAACUAGUUAGAGGUUGUAGGGGAAAUUGCUAAACGUGGUAAACUCUUCACGGCCAACUGUCGUAACUCAAAUGACUUUUGAAACUGUAAGUGAAAAUUUUAAAGUAAAUUUUUUUUUCCUCUUGGAAAUGUAAUUGAGUAAAAAGGACUCAAUAUUCACUUUCAAUAGUACUCGAGUAACUCAAGUAACAAACCUUCCAAAAUAAUAUGCAAAUAUAGUAACAAAGUACAAAUACUGAAGUAUUUUCCACCCAUGUGUGUCAGUCAGUAUGCUACGCUUAUUUCCAUGGUUACACUACGCUCGUUUCCCUGGUUACGCUAAUUAUUUCUAAGAACACAUUUCCCAUUACUGGCUGAAUUCUAUUACGAUGUAGAUGAAGAGGCAAAGAAAUUGCCUCACCUUCAAAACUGUCAAGCAUGACACAAAGAAACAUGUACAUAAUUUGCUGAGAGGAUAAUCAUUUCUGCCAGCAGUAACUUCAAUAACUUCACAGUACUGAGGGUGAUUUUCAGUCAUACUUACUUAAUUACAUCCACAGGCUAAUGACAAGGUCUGUCGGACAAUUCUGACACUCACUAUUUUGAGUUCCUUAUUCAAGAAACGUAAAAUUGUUUUAGAAACAAUAAUAAUAAUAAUAAUAAUAAUAAUCAUCAUCAUCAUGAUUUUUAUUUAUAUGGCACUUUUUAUGCCGGUGGCAGCUCAAAGUGCUUUACAGACAGGUGAUAGAAUAUAGUUACACAACAAAUCCAGAUGUUACAUUCAGUUUGUUCUCAUCCUAAUAAUCUACAUUCCCAUCCAUUUUGAGCCAAAGAAAAAAAAACAUCUGUCCCCAGAUGUUCUCUUUAUGAGAUCACAUCUGGCCCUGCGAGACUACUUGCGCACUAGGAGCAUGCGAUGCACAUAUUUUCCUAUUCAGUUCUGAGGUCGAGAGUUAGUAAGAUUUUUAAAGAUGUUAAAAAUAAUUCUAUUUGGCUCAGAUAAAUAAAAGUUCUCCAGUAUAACCUUUUAAAUCCUCUGACCUCUAAAAUAAACUCCAAAAAUAAAAACAACCCUUAGAAUUUAUAAUUGACUCAUGAAAAGUCAUUUGAGUGUGGGUGCAUGGAUAGCAUAAGCCCCAGCCCUUCAUGCCGUCUUUACUCUGCCAGGAUACCCCCAGAUACCUCUUUCACAGCGGUUUCCCUGAAAGAUAAUACAUGAGAGACCCUCAGAAGAGACAGAGCGUUCCUACAGGAGAUGCACUGACUUUUCGACACAGUAUUCUGUAUGAAUGAUAAGCAAAUGAAUCUGUCAUUUGUUCUGAUCAGCAAAUAAGUUGAAAACAAUUCAAUAAAAAUACCCCAAAACACUGGUGGGGCCAUCCGGUGGCUUCAGGGCCCUAAGCAGCUGUUUAUGCCGCUUAGAAAUUGACCUGGAGAACACUGCAAUGAGGAGGACAGGGUUACUCCAGGACCAGGAUUUGGAAACACUGCCCAACAGCAUGUAUCUCAGCUUUUUACCAAACAGUCUUUUCUUUUUUAGGUUAGAUACACGGUACCCCUAUUUUUCUGUGCAUUGGGACGUGUUGAUGGGAUCACCCUUCUGUCUGCUAAAACAACAUUCCUUUAAAGCCCCAUUGGCUGUGAAACAUCAAAACAAAGUUUAUAGAGCAGCGACAAAACUUUUUUUUGCCAAAGGUGACAACUUAAAGUAGGUAGCAGGUGAAGCUGCCCUAGUCGACUAAUUGUAGCCGAAUUUAACGAGGCGUUAUAGAUGUGUACUAACGAUGCACACUUUAUCAGAUCAUUCUAAAGAGCAUGGUAGACCUUCCUGCAGCAUGAAAACUAAUAAUGAAAAACUAAGACCUUAGCACUUCUAUAAUUGUUGUUCUCCAGUGUUUCCUGUUAUUUAUUCAAACUGAAACCACAUGCUGUGUUUAACACAACAAAUAAAAAAACGCAGAGAAAUAGAAAUAGAAAAAUAUUUAUUUUUUACCGGUGUAUAGAAAAUGGACGGAACCAGAAGUGCACAAUAGCGAGGACUUUUUGUGGCAAGAAAUCGAUUCACAGUAGAGCAAAAUGAAUAAAAAAAAUACAGAAAUGAAGAAAAACACACAAAUUUACUGCAUAAACCAAUGCAAAAAGGAACGUGCACUAAAAGCUAACAUUCAGAUAGAGUAGUCGGUCAUUGUGCACAUCGAAUCCGAUCUGGAACAUCAGCAAAUAUGACAUGGAACAAACCACACCUGAUUGCAGAACAAUUCAACAACUUUUUUUUUGAAGUUGGCUGGCAUGCAGAGACACUAAACACGACUGUAACAAGUCACUGCAGUCGAAACGGCGGAGAAGGAGAGAUUCAUUGUUUCAUUUGGGAGCAGAACUGCACGUGUGAAGUGCCACAUCUGCCAUUUCGCGUAUCUCCUGCUUCUGUGCUGUUACGUAGUUUCAGACCGGACGGGUCAGGUAGCUUUCAAGGGGCUUUUUAUUUGGUACCAUUUCAAUACUUUUUGAAACGUGCCCUCGCCGACCUCGUCUCACCCCUCGGAAGUGCGCUGCACCUACGUUACACACAGGUGGCCCCUCAGUAGAAGGGGAGGAAGGACCCUCAGCUAGGUUAUCCUCAGUAUACUAAUCAGCUAUCCAUGCAAACUUUGCAAUGCAAAACGAUGAACAUAACGUACAUAAAACUUGUGAAUAACUAUAAAUGUAUAUUGCCUUUAAAUUUGUUGUUAUUAACUGUGCAGCCUUUGGCUUUCUACCCAGCAAGCUAGCAGAGCAACAUGAUGAAGCUGCAGCAGCAGUCAAGCUGAGCAAAUUGAAUGCUAUGGUUUUGAAAUAACAAGCAUAUUAAAUUACGUCUGCUUUGGCUUAUAAACAUCUUUGCCCAGUUUGUGCUAGUUUUGAAUUGGAAAUGUGUCAAAGACUUCUGGGCAAGUUCUGCUGCUAAGGUUGACAGGUGUGCAGCUCAUCUAACAAACUUCAGUUAAUAAAGUAAUGGCACGGCCUUUAGGGUGGCAUUCAGGCUUCCCCAGAGCGGAUAUGCUGAGGCCAUGUGGACGAGCACAUGUUCCAGCCAGUAUUGAAACGGACGGCUCAUUUCAAAAUGUUGGAGUGUAAAAAAUGAGGACCAUUGAGCUUCAUGGUAGAGCAGAGUGACGCUGCUCGUCUGUCUCUCGGGGGCAAAAUGUUUCUUAAAAACCUGCUUUCUUUGCCAUUUAGCUUGUCCUUCAGAGGGACUGUACUAGCAAUGCUUCUCUUUUUGUGCUGCGGUCAUUCCGGUUGCUUUCCUUCAUUAUGGCGAAGUAGGUAGAUCCAUUCCGCACAUCAUUCAUGUUCUGCAUCGAUUGCCAUUGACAGCACUGUUUGUUUCAGGGAGCUACUGAGUUUGCAUAUGAUUGUAAUUCUAAGUGCUCUGGGUUAUAUUCCACAUUUAGCAUUAGGAACUGGGCGCUAGACUUGGUUAAAGCCCCUAAUCACAGACCCCUGAGGACCCCAGGCUGACUGUCAUGCCAUUAAGGACACAAACUCAGAUCAGAACAAGAAACUGAGAAAACAAAAUUGCAUAUUCAUUCAGGCUUUGGUUAUCAAAAGAAAGAAAUCUCUUCGAAAAAAACACUGUAAAGUGCCAUAUUUCAUAAGCAUAGCCCCGAUAAACACCUUUCUGUUGUUUUUUUCUUUUCUUUUUCUAUUCAAAAUACACACAAGCUGUCGGUAUCCACUGAGGUCGGAAUGAAGUAUCAGCACAAUACAGAACAGACACCUGUAUUUAUAUGGUACGUCAUGCAGUAGCCAUGUACAGGCUUUCUCUUAGAUUCAGAUAAAACCCUAUGGGCUGGUUUCCCAGACAGGAUAAAGCCUAGUCUUGCACUAAAUUGCAUGCUUAUUCUGGGUCUGGGAAACUGACCCUAUGUAUGGGGCAUAUGGGCAGCUUAAAAUAGAGUCAAUGUUAAAGUGCAUUGUAGUGUUAUUAUGGCACGAGCACAUCAAAUGUAAGAAAACAAAAGAACAUGUUUUGGUCCAAACAUCUGGGUCUGUACUGAAAGGCAAACAGGGAUAUAUAUGCACAUUUCACAUAGUCUUUGUGGUUUCCUGUUUGCUGAGCAGAACCUCCAGCAAGCGCAGUUUGGCUUUGAGGCUUUUGUACUCCUGGUACUCCUCCGCCAUCGGAAUCCGGUCAUCCUUUUGUGCAGUCCUUAUGUGAAUUAAAAGAAAAAGGAGAAAAAAAAGAAAAGCCAGAAAAGAGAGGAAGAUUAAUAGAAACCAUGUGAGCCCAACUGAGCAGUGAGAUUAAUCCUUGUGUUGCCUUAUUGAAAUAGUUUUGUACAUUGGUGGAUAUCAGCUAAACAGAGGAGAAAUGUAUUUUAUUUUCUGCGAAUACUGUGUACAGAAUCACUGUAUUUCUGUUGUGCUUUGGGCUAUUUUUUUCUCUCUUUCUCUCCCCCUGUCGUUUUCUGUUGUGUAUUGCCGACUAGGUGUGCAUUAAGCUAUCUGUAACUGAGACUCCUUGUGGAUGUUCGUCUCUUCUUUUCAUUUCUCUUCUUGUUCAUGUUUUAAGAAAAGCCAAACGUAACAUGAGUGUUCAUUAAAACGUGUUAACGCCA